AGAUCCAGGUCCCGCCUCUGAUGCUUUAUGAAAGCUGGCUUCGCUCUGUUCAUCACUCUGCUGAUCAGACUGACAUCAUGCUGCUCACCGUCUGCGCUCUGCUCCCUGCUCUGGCAGUGGUCAGCUCACAGAAAGUAGUGACGCAAAAGCCUCCAGUUAUAACAGUAGAUAAGGGGAACUCUGUCACUAUGGACUGUAACAUCGCAAAGGAUGAAAAUUAUGUGUACUGGUACAAACAGAUUCCACCAGCAGCUCCAGAGUUUGUGUUGAGAUUUUAUCAUUCUCACUCCGCUCCUGUAUACGGAAACAAUUUUUCAUCCACACGCUUCACAUCUAAAACCUCAUCAAGCAUCGACUAUCAGUUAAUAAUCAGUAAUGUGGAGGUGGGAGACUCAGCAGUGUAUUACUGUCAGACAUGGGACAGCUCUGCUAAAGAGCAUGUUUUUGUAUGGGUGAGGUCACUGAAUGGAUCGGGCCAAGGAACAAAGCUGAUCGUCAGCGACGCUGCUCUCCCAGCUCCUGUUCUGACCGUUCUCCCUCUGUCCAGUAAACAGCUGGAGUCUAAAAAAGCCACUCUAGUGUGUUUGGCCAGCGAGGUGGCCGGUGGUUUUGCUGAUGUGCGUUGGCUCGUGAACGGGAACUCGGUCACCAGUGGAGUCAUCACCGGCUCUGCACUGCAGCAAACCAAUAAGAAAUUCACACUGAGCAUCGACAGCUCAGAGUGGGAAAACAACAAAGUCAUAACAUGUGAACUGUCUGCUGGAGAUAAAUCUAAAGAAAAAAAAGAAUAUCACCUCCUACACGUCACACUUCAUGGAUGA